CCCAUUUUAUUGCCGAGUCAUUUGCAAGACUUGCCACUUUCUCUAUCUCUUCCUUCUACCAUAUAUGGCCAAAGGAAGUGGACUCUCCUUUGAUCCAGAUCACACUACUCUCACCACCCCCACCGCCCCAAAACCCACCACCACCUCCUCCGUCUAACAAGAACGACGUCCAUGGACUCCUCCGCCCGAUCGCCCCCCACCUGCAUCCAGUUCCCCGUAAACCUUAACUGCACCACCCAUGAUCACCCUGAUGAUCAUCAUAAUCUCAUAGACGACAGACGGAAAAUCAUUGAUGAGAUGGACUUCUUCGCCGACAAGAAAGAAGCCCGCCGCUGCGAGCCCACUUCCGAUGAUGGUGCCGAUGGGCCCUCGUCGUUCAUGGAUUUUAAUGUUAAUACUGGUUUGCAUCUUCUGACGGCUGCAAACACCGGCAGCGAUCAGUCAGUAGCAGACGACAGAAUAUCUUCCAACGCUAACAAUAAAAGAGGGAAAACUGAGCAGGUGGGAUUUCUGAAGACUGAACUGCAAAGAAUGAACUCAGAGAAUCAGCGAUUGAAGGAGAUGCUGAAUCAAGCGACAAACGACUACAAAGGCCUGCAGAGGCAUCUGAUGACACUGAUGCAAGAACAGCAAAGUGAUAAUAACGGUGGAGGCAGUGCACAGGAACGCAGAGGUUGCAAUGGAAAUGGGAAGGUGGUCUCCAGACAAUUCAUGGAUCUUGGACUGGCAGUGGCACCUGACACUGAUGAUGUUUCGUCCGAGGGGCCGAUGGCAGACAAGGAAAUCCGAGGAGGGGAGGAUCUUGGUCCUGAUAACAAGAUUCCUAAGCUCAACAAUCGGUCUCCUGAUACAAGUGUUGAUCAAGCUACUGAGGCCACCAUUAGGAAGGCCCGUGUUUCGGUUAGAGCCCGCUCAGAGGCUCCCAUGAUGACAGACGGAUGCCAAUGGCGGAAAUACGGGCAGAAGAUGGCGAAGGGAAAUCCAUGCCCUCGUGCAUACUACCGUUGCACCAUGGCUGCUGGUUGCCCUGUCCGAAAACAAGUCCAGAGAUGUGCAGAUGACAGAAGCGUCCUAAUAACAACCUACGAGGGCAACCACAACCAUCCACUGCCUCCUGCAGCCAUGGCUAUGGCCUCGACAACAUCAUCUGCCGCGAGAAUGCUCCUCUCUGGAUCAAUGCCGAGUGCUGACGGCCUAAUGAACUCAAACUUCCUAGCACGGACGCUCCUCCCUUGCUCCUCGAGCAUGGCCACCAUCUCUGCCUCCGCCCCAUUCCCCACCGUCACAUUAGACCUAACACAAUCCCCCAACCCCUUACAAUUUCCGAAACCUAAUUCACCUGCAGCCCUCUUGCCCCAAAUCUUUGGCCAGGCGUUGUACAACCACUCCAAGUUUUCCGGCCUACAAGUAUCUCAAGAAAUUGAUCAAACGACUCAACAACUACCACCUCUAAUUUCUUCCAUGAAACAAGGAGUCCAGAACCAGUUGAACGUCGACACAGCAAAUACCCUAGCAACGGAUCCCAACUUCGCUGCAGCUUUAGCAGCAGCCAUAACAUCGAUCAUGGGUAGUUCGUGUCCGAACAACAGCAACAAUAGUAGCACCAAUAACAUUAGUGGUGUGAACACUAGCGACAAUAAUAGCAAUGGUAAUAAUAAACUCAGCAGCUCAGGCUAUCCAGUUAACUGAUACUCCAUCCAUGCAAUUAGUCCUAUUUUUAUGUAUGCCAAUGUAGUAUUUUUGGUUUUUUCUUGGA